AUGCUUCUAUCCAAAAUCAAUUCGUACAUUUCUGGUGAAAUCCCACUUUCUGAAUGCUUCACUGAAACCAGCUUCAUCAGACUGAACAUGAUCUACGUCUUUCCUGAAUCACUCAGGUUCAUCGUAGGCGGAUUAUCCAAAUUUGGGUUACAGAAAUGCCACUUCACAGAAGACGGCCUCAACUUCCACUUUGCUGAUGGAACCAAUUUCCAGUUUGAAGGGCGUCUCAGAGGAUACGCCAUAAAAUCACUCGAUCGAAUCAACUCCCUUGAAAUUGAUUUUGGCCAGCCCCCAGUUGCAAACAGAACAGUCGCCUGUGUCCUCAAAUCAAUUGAGAGGUCGAUGAUGAAGGCAGAUUGCUUCUUCUUCAUGCUCUAUCGAUUUGAUUUUGACUCAUUUGUGCUGAAUCACGAGCUGGUUGAUUCCAUUGAUUUGCUCACAUUGGAAAUCAGACGCAGAUUGAGCAAUAAACGAUAG